AGAACAUCACCUCAGCGACACGAAGUUCUCAUCCAAACACGCUAGAGAGGAUAGUGGUGAAAAUGAGUGACAUAGAUGACGAUAGCGAAAUAUACUUUUCAGUUAAAUUUUUGGGUCGUAUGCAGGUGGUCCGUCCAGGUGGGAUGCAGAUUCUGACAGAUGCAGUACAAGCCCUACAGGAUCCAAACAUAGAAAAGGAUGAGAAAAUGAAGAAAACUAAAGUACAUCUGUUUCUGACCAGAAGUGCUAUUGACAUUCUAGAGCAUAAAACUAAGUUCAUGCUGUACUCCUGCGCUCUGUCCUCUGUUUCUUUCUGCGCAGUACAUCCGACUCAGCCCAAAAUACUCGGCUUUGUGGCCAGACACCCAGCGGCGGACAUGUACCACUGCUACAUCUUCCAGAGCAAGACGUUUUCCCAUCUGCUGGUGUCUAUCAUUGGUGACACCUUUCGGGCUCAUAAGCAGGAUGAAAGUCUGCAAGGCGAUCGUGACCUGGUGGUGGAGGCCCUGAGACACAAGAAUAAGGUAUUGGAGCGAGAGAAUGCUGAGCUGAAGAGGAGACUGCAAGCCAAUGGAGAAAACGCUGGUGGAGACCAGGGCAUUUAUGAAAAUGAGUCUGAUCUUGAUCAAAUUUCAUCUCGAUCAGGACAGGUGAGAUUCUUUUCUGAAGAUGACAAGACUCCUUUGCACAGGAACUUCUAAGAGGAACCAUAUGAAGUCAGAUAAAUGUUCAAGAAAUUACACUGACCCCUAAAAUACCACCAACAUCUCCAGCAGAUGUAAUUAACACUGAGCUCCUUUAGACACUUCAACAUAUU